CUUCCUCAGAUAUUAUCCUUCAGGCAUGGAGGAGGGAGUUCUGUUCUGUUCUUGAAAAACAUCAGGACGUCCAAAUAAAAGCGGGAACACUUUCAGGGAUGCACAUCACUCUGCUCUGACAAGUUUCCACAUGUGUUCUGACUGUAAUUUAAGCUCCAGCGACAGCUUAUUUAAAGACGAGCUGUUUUGACUCCCAGAGGAGAAGGAGGUUCACGUUUAUGAGUGAACAGGUAACAAUUUGACGACUGGCUGAGGUGUCAUUUGGACGGGGGAGAGUUGGACCAGUGAGCAGAAUCCUCUAUUCAUCAUGAACCCACUCAGUUUGAUCCAUUCCACCUCGGUCUUUACUGUGAUGUUGGCUCUACUCUGCUGUAGCCAGGCCUUACCCAGGACAGAUGUUCCAAUCCGCCCUGGCCACCCCUUUCUAUUCAUGUGGAAUGCCCCGUCCGAGCUGUGUGAAAUACGCUUCGGGAUGCCACUGGACCUCUCCCACUUCCACCAUGUCAGCAGCACCCUGAAGACAGCCACGAACCAGUUCAUCUCUAUAUUCUACACCGACCGCUUCGGCAUCUUCCCCUACGUGGAUGAAGAUACGGGCGAGAUGUAUGACGAAGGCCUCCCUCAGCUGAUAGACCUGAAGGAGCACCAUGAACUGGCUGAGGAUGACAUUGAGUACUACAUCCCAGCAGACCAACCGGGCCUGGCUGUGCUGGACUUUGAGGAGUGGAGGCCCCAGUGGGUCAGAAACUGGGGCAGCAAGAACAUCUACAGAGAGAUCUCCAUCGAAAAGGUCAAGAUGAAGAACGCAACACUAUCUGAUGACGAAGCUGAGGAUCGGGCAAAGGUGGUGUUUGAACGAGCAGCGAAGAGGUACUUCACCCGAUCCAUCAGGAUUGGGAAGACCCUGAGGCCUAAAAAACUCUGGGGUUACUACUUGUACCCUGACUGCUACAACUACGACUACAACCAGGACAUGAAAGGCUUCACCGGAGAGUGUCCCGACAUCGAGCAGGUCAGGAAUGAUGAACUUCUCUGGUUGUGGAAAGAGUCCACCGCACUAUUCCCAUCCAUCUACCUGGAGGCGGUGCUCAAAGACUCCCAUCAGGCCCGGCAGUUUGUUCGCCAUCGCAUCCACGAGGCAGUGAGGGUGUCGAUGCUUCCCAACAGCUCCUACUCCACCCCCAUCUACGCCUACAUACGCCCAGUGUACAAGGACAGCGUUGACGACUACAUGUCAGAGUUUGACCUGGUCAACACCAUCGGGGAAGCUGCUGCUCUUGGUGCUGCAGGAGUCGUUUCCUGGGGAGAUAUGAAUAUCACUGACACAGAGGACUCUUGCUUUGACGCACGGCGCCACCUGGAGCAGGUCAUGAACCCCUACAUCCUCAACGUCUCCACGGCAACCAAGCUGUGCAGCGUAUCACUCUGUCAGGGUAAAGGUCGCUGUGUGAGAAAACGCUGGGAUGAAGACGUCUUCCUCCACCUCGACCCUCUUCGAUACCAGAUCCAGCGGGUCCGCCGUGGUGGUCCGCUGGUGGUGCGCGGUGGCCUCUCACAGGAGGACGUCAACUGGUUUGAUGACAACUUUGACUGCAUGUGUUACAGUGCAGAGCCAUGCAGGUCACCCCUGAUUCUCAACAUCAUCCACGAGGCCGUCAUGACAACGAAGCAUAAAUCUGCAGCAUGUCAAAGCGGUGGCAGGCUGCACCCUUUACUGAUGAUGGCAGCUCUGAUGAGUCUGAACUCAGUCAUGAUGUAAAUACAAACCAUUAAUGAAGUCAGUUUGUGUGUGUGAUACAAGUCAGCAACAGCAGGAAACAUGCUGCCAUCGUAUGUUUCAUAAAACCACAGACGUGUGGAACCUCAGGGUGUCAUUUCUCACAGAUGGAUCUGAUUCUUUUUUGCCUUUACUCUUCUGAAAUGAGAUGGUUGUGGUGGAUGGUAGAUUUUCAAAAUACAUGACUUUUACACCCGAGAGCAGAGUUUGGAUUUUCACACCUGGGAAUUUUCAGGUUUAGCUCACACAGGCACUUUGAUUAGAAUAUAUUGUGUGAUGGUUUAAACAUUAACCCAUACAGACCCAGUGUUACAUUUAUGUCACUUCCUAAAUGAUUUUUUUUUCUCUACUUAACCUUUCUUAAGUGAUUUAUCAUCAUUUAUUCUAAUAUUA